AUGGAUACUUCAAAGACAGUUUUACAAGUGUUAUCUUGCAGUUUCCCUUGCACGUAUAGCUUUGUUCCAUCUUUUGGCGGUUCAAAUUCUGUGCUUUCGUUCUAUUCCGAUGUAAAGUGUAGGAAGAAUAGAGGUUCUGCGUACAAAAAGUUGAACAAUGGGGUGAGAUUGUUGGAAAAAUGCACUGGUCGAGGAGUAGGAGCUGCUACGUCUAGAGGGAAGGUGAAAUGUAUUGAGAGGUUGGAGUCUAUGAGAUGCAAAUGCCAACAGGCUGAAAGUUUUGGUGGGGCAACUGCAAAUGACUGGAGACCAGUUUCGCUUCCGGUAAAUGGCAUUGAUAGUGCCACAAAUAUUUUUGAAAAGGGAGGUUUUACAGGGAAGGGUAAAGAAGAUGCAGAAUCGAUUGAGGAAGAAGCGUGGGAUUUACUCCGUGCUUCUGUUGUACAUUAUUGUGGUAAUCCAAUUGGAACAAUUGCUGCCAAUGAUCCAAACAGUACUAGCAUUCUGAACUAUGAUCAGGUUUUUAUUCGUGACUUCAUUCCGUCUGGAAUAGCUUUCCUUCUGAAGGGAGAGUAUGAUAUAGUAAGGAAUUUCAUCCUUUAUACCCUUCAAUUGCAGAGUUGGGAGAAAACCAUGGAUUCUUAUAGCCCUGGUCAGGGACUUAUGCCUGCCAGUUUUAAGGUGCGCACUGUUCCCCUUGAUGGUGAGGAUUCUGCUACUGAAGAGGUAUUAGAUGCUGACUUCGGUGAAGCUGCAAUUGGCCGCGUUGCACCAGUUGAUUCUGAUGGUUCUUGCAUGAUAGAUCGUCGCAUGGGAAUUCAUGGACAUCCCUUGGAGAUUCAGGUUGAUACCUCUGAAAAUAAUUGUGAAGCACUCUUUUAUUCAGCAUUGCUGUGUGCACGUGAGAUGCUUACUCCAGAGGAUGGAUCAGCUGACCUCAUUAGAGCUCUUAACAAUCGUCUAACCUUGGUCUUACCACAAUGGAGGAUCUUGGCCAACUUUGCUUUGGCAGAGGAGUUGCUAGUUAAUGUUACCAUAAUAUGCCAACGCCCUAUGGCAGCUGAUGGUUACCUCGUGGCAAAACUACUCCUUGCCAACCCUAGUGCAGCAAAUAUGUUCAUAAAUGAAGAGGAUCCAGAGCUUGUAAAUGCUUUAAUCAGUGCCAACCCAAGGAGGAAACGUGCUAGGAAAGGCUUCAAGCAGCCCUUCAUUGUAUGA